AUGAAAGGUUCGUUAGAAAUGACGAUUUCAACAGAAGAAAAUCAAAAGAAAAUUGUGAUUCACGUUUUAAAAUGUAAGCAUCUACCUAAAACAACUGAUAUUCCACACGUCAAUGCAUAUGUGAAAUGUGCGAUGGUCACUUUGAAUUCACCAUCUGGACAUCACAACACUUAUCAACGAACAGCAGUACAUAAAAACUCAACAGAACCUGUGUUUGAUCAUAAAUUCAAUUUUGAUUUAAAUAAUUCAGAUGAUCAUGAAAAAUAUCUUCAACUUGCUGUAUGGCAUCGAAACAGAAGUUUAAAACGAAGCGAAUUUAUUGGCUGCCUGACAGUAUCUGUGAAAAAUAUUUUGGAAAAAAAUAUUGAAGGAACAUUCAAACUCCAACCACAAUCUUUUCUAUUAAGGCCAGCUCCACUUAUAGUUGAAAUUGAUGAUUCAUUAUCGAAGCAUGAAGAAACAUUUCAACGAAUCCAUGAAGAGAAUAAUGAUAAUCUCCUCCUGAGGUAUCUUGAGCUUAGUAACACUAAAAGCUGUGGACAUCAUGAAGGAAGAACUCCUUUUACACUCACAAGAAUAAUUAAAAAGUCCCCUGAAGAUGCUUUUGGUUUUGAGAUUUCUUGGUCAAAGCCGCCAAAGAUUAAUUCAGUGAAAACAUUAUCGAAAAGCUCAGGAUUAGAAAAGGGCGACUUCAUUAUAUUUGUCGGUGAUACCAACAUCGUUGCGAUGCAAAAGGAAGAAAUUAUAAAUCUCAUUAGGGCACAAGGAAAUAUCUUAACGCUUGAAAUAUUUCGAUCAACUGGUCAAGUGAGCAGCAGAGAAAUUAUUGAAAAAUUAGCUUCAAAAAAUACGCCCACAGUGGAAUUAAAUCAUUCUGAGAAUCUGAAAUUAGAAAAGAAUGAUCUAAUUGAGACGCCUAGAAGCCAUAAGAUAUCACAUUUCAAACAACCCCAAGUGUGCUUUCAACCUACGAUCGGCAGUGGUGUUAUAGUUUGA